AUGAAAAGGUGUCUAUGUUACUGGGGCUCUUUUCAGGGUGUACAGUUUGGGCGCCGUCCAGGUGCAGGCGGAAUUAAUCUCAACAAGGGAUUGUUGAGUGAUAAGGAACGUGGUGAUCCCUUUACAGAUCCAAAGGUGUAUCGUAACAAGAAAAAUGUAACCGCUCUCAUUAAGGUAGGAAGAAAGGAGAAAAUACUCCUUCAUGAAGAAGAGCAAAAAAAAAAAUUAGGCGCUUUGGGUAUAGACUCCCAUACAGAACGAAAACUACACAGUGGGACUACAGAGACUUUAAAUAAUGAAUCCAUUACUGCUGUACGUGAAAUGGAUGAACGUGCGAUGGAAUCUUCUCAUACUAAAGAUCAAUAUACCACAGCACUUCGUCAAUUGAUGGAGAGAGAAGUAGAACGUCGAGAUCAUAUGAUGGAUAAAUUUGGUCAACCACCAACUUCCAAAGAGUUUCACAAACUCUUUACAGAAUUGCGGCAUGCAGAUGAUGAGAUGGAAUCUAUUGAACGAUAUCAGAAUCGUCUUGUGGAAGAGUGUGGGGUUUACCCUUCUACUCGUUUAGAUGCUUACAUGUUAGAUGAUGAUACCUACUUCCCUGAUUGGGUAAAUGCACUACCGUACAGCAUCCGUGAUCGUGUAAAGUAUGGCUCGUUGGGACUCACGGAAGAGGAUGAGGCUUUACGCGUCACACUUGGUCGGAUGCCGCUGGAUAAAAGACGAAGAGAAUGGAAUAGAUUUAAAAUGGCAAAAGAGCAAAAGGCAGCAAAAGAAGAAACUCUAACAUUAGCUGAACUACGAGAUGCUAGACAAGGCAAACGUCGAUUUCAUUGGUUACAACGGAAACGUCAAAAACGGGCUUCCAUGUUAAAAAGACUUGCGCUUAGGAAACCAGAAAUGUUUGAGUUGUGGCCCUCUACUGUAGUGGAUUACAGUCAACGCAUUGCUUUCAUAGCUCAACAUGUGGAAAAUGGUUUAAAUACAAAAGGUCAAUGGCCUUUAGAUCCUGAAGAAUUAUCACGGGCUCGUAUAAAACGCAGUCAAGAAGAAGCUGAAAAGACCUUUUUAUUAAAUACAGAUGAAAAGAAAGUACUUAAUAAAACAGGUGGAAAGAGCAGAGAAAAUGGUAUUAUGCAAAUGUUGAAUGCUCUAGAUGAGAGACAAAAACCUUUUAAACGUCUCUCACGUAAAGUCUACGCUAAUCGUGUAAAUGCUGUUGUUCACGGCGAUCAAGAUGAAUACGGAAGAAAAUAUCGCAAGAUGGAAAAUCGUGCUAAACGUCGCAUGCGUCCAUACGAUUCCUUAAGUGAGAUGGCACUCGAAAAGGAAGUACGAAAGGAACCUCGUGUGUACACUAAGGGAUUAAACCACUCAGACGAUGAACACUGGCCAAAACAUACAAAGUCUUGGUCAGACGGUAUGCCAUCCACAAGAUAUGCUUCAUAG